UUUCCUACUGAUUCAUUAAGUAUGGCAGAAAUUUACUAAAUUUUCAAUUUUCCUACUUAAAACUAGUUUUCUAAAUCACUUACUGUAAAUUGCCAAUACUUAAAUGUGUUUAUGAUACUUACAUUUACCAUCCCACUUUAAAGUAAGAUGGUAAAUGGCAUUUUAAGUAACAAACAUUGGAAAUAAGUAUGCUUUAAUUUAAGUACUUUUAUUCUAGUUUUGGGAAACGUACUUUACCCAUUUUUAAUACUUACAUUUUAAAGCUGUUUCAAAAUUAAGUAUCGUUUUCCCUAAUUUAAGUACUUUUAAUACCAUAAGUUCUUUAGUUAACUACGUUGCACACUGACGCAGACGAUUGCUAAAUAAAAGUCGUCAAAAUUGCAAGUAUCUUGCAACGUAAAUCUGACGAAUUUUGAUGAUCAAACAGUACGAUUGAACUGCUGUCAAUUCAAGAGAAAUUAGACAGUUUAUUAUGGCUAACGUUGUGAAGUGCUCUAUGUGUCCUAUGUUAAUAUCGAGUGAAAAUCCCUCUACGUUUUUUGACCACGUCAGAUUAAAUCACAGGAAUACUGGAAAGUUUCAUGUUGUUUGUAAAUAUCCUGACUGUCUUGACGAGUACAAUUUGUACAUUUCCUUCAAACGUCACUGGUACAAAAACCAUGGUCGUCGUGCAUUAGUAACCGUUCCAAACCAUCCACUUGUGAAUCAUGAUAGAGAUGGGCAGCUGCUGGAAGCAGUUAACGAUAACAUUCAAAUUGAGAAUCUUUACAGAGACAACAACAUACCUGAUGUACAACACAACUCUCAUCAUCAUGUGAUUGAAAAAAGUCUGCUGUCAGUCAAUGAUAAUGAUGAAAUUCUGGAAAGAUGUGAAGAAACAAUUGAGCCAGUUGAUGAGCACAGAGAUAGCACAUCAGAGAAUUCUACAAUUAUGCUACAAAAUCCUCAUCGUGAAAUUCAAUUGGUGAAAAAUGCUGCACCUGAUGAUGGGGACUUUGGAAAUUUGGAAUGCUGGGAAGCUGGUAUAUUACUUUUGCUAAGGCAACGGUACUUUCUCCCCUUUGAUGCCUUGCAAGAAGUAUCAGUAGCCAUACACGAGUAUUAUGAAAUGAAAUUGGAAAAAUUAAAGGAAAAAUUAAGUGCUUUAUUGAAGGGGAACCCCGUUAUUGGAAGUCAAGAGUUCCAAGACACGUUCCUUCACCUUCGUUACGAGGAAGAGUUGACGCGCCACCGGAUAGAAGCUUCAUGGAAGAAAUAUUUCCCAUGCAUUAUACCGAAAGCAGUCAUUUUAAAUCCCGGUGAGCCACUGUAUGACUGGGUGAAUGAUUAUAAUCUUGGUCAAAUACUGGAUGAGGUUUUCGAAACUGGUUAUAUCAUACCCUUCCUAGAGUCCCUGCAACAGUUUCUCUCAAUCAGAGAGGUGUUCGAGUCAGUUAUGUUAAACUUUGCUUCUAAUAACUCAGCAACUGAUCCAGUUGAUCAUAUUUCUGACGUAUGGGAUGGAUCGUUCGUAAAAAGAAUUCCUCUUUACGUCCAACAAAAGGGUGCUAUACUUUGUUUCCAGAUCUAUAUGGAUGAAGUUGAGCUGUCAAAUCCCCUUGGGAGUAAAAAAGGUAAACACAAAGUCUCGGUUUUUUAUUGGGUUCUCAUGAAUCUCCCCCCUUCAUUUCGGUCAUCAUUACAUAGCAUUCAGUUGCUUGGGAUUGUUAACAGCGAAUUGCUAAAGCAACGCGGAGUUGACGUAUUUCUCCGUCACUUUCUAGAUGAUUUAAUUAUUUUACAUGAAGGCGUUACUCUCAAUGUCCGUGGGGAACAAAGGGUGUGGUUUGGAAUAUUACUACAUUUUUCCAAUAUAUUUUGCAAAGCUACUGGAUUGUCCGGUAAUUUGAAAUACAGACAAAUAGCAAAAAUUAAAAUUUCAGGGAGAAUUUGUCAAUCGGGAACAGUGUUUUUGCGAAAAUUACCAAGUGAUGAAAACCACGCUUUAUUUUUCAGAAUUUCAGACGCAAUAAGUUGUGAAAGAGGCACGUUUUUAAUAAUGGAACAAUUAACAACCUGUUCUUUUUGUCAUGACCGUUUGGUUUUUAUCGUUCAACCAAAAAAAUCAUUUGUCAUCGUUUCCCCUGAUAAUUUAAGUUUCAAUGUGCCUCUUCAUUCUUUUUUUUAUUGCCAUGAUUUGCAUGUAAUCCCCAAUUACUAUCAUAUGCUGUAAUUUUUUAAAUCUCAUUUUAUACACAUCUGCAUCUGGAAUAAACUCAUUUAGGAAA